AUGUCGAGUUCCGACGAGGGCGAAAUUCUCGAAGCCCAAGGGGGCGAUUUGAAGGCAUCUCCACUGCCGCGCACAGAAGGAAGCAGCGUUGACCGUCGAGACAGACUAUAUAGCCGGGACUCGCCCGAUCGAGACUCUCGGAACAGCCGCUCUCCCAGAGGCUACAAGCGCGGCCGCGAUAACUACGAUGCACGCAGCCGGCGACGCGAUGCGCCUGGCCAGUUCCGCUCAGACCGCGACAAUCGUGACGACUAUAAGCGAUCCAGAGUAUCAUAUGACGACUUGGACCGAUCCUCUGGACGAGAUCUAGAUCAGAGAGCUAUCUCAGACAGAAGUCGAGAUUGGAGUCGCGACCGUUACAAUGGCAAUGAACGCGAUCGUCGUCACCGAAGCCGCUCGCCAGCCCCUCGUUCCCGCUAUGACGACCAGGGCGAUAGUGGACGGAACGCUCGAGGCGCUCGCCGCGCAUCCCCAGGGCGGCGCAAUUACGGUCUUGAAUACGAUGACUACCGCGACUCUACCACGGCAAGUUCUGGGUCAAGACGUAGCACCGGCGCGUCAGUGCCUUCCGCAGCCAAUGGAGAUGCUAAAUCACACAACAACAGUUCAAAGACUGGUACCGCUACUCAUAGCGAAGCCGCAUCAAAGACAAAGUCAGUGCAUUUCGCAGAGUUUGACAGCAGCGGAAAUCUGACCAGCGACAGAGAGCAACCUGCUGCUGAGCCUGAUUACGACUAUGACAAUGAAGAAACAUUCGAUGAAGAGGCCGAGAUUGAACGUCGCCGCAAACGACGCGAAGCACUUCUUGCAAAAGCUACUCCUGCGACACCAUUACUCCUUCAGGCUGUUGGAGCUACGGAAAAGGUCCGCGCAGCCUCACCAGUCGUUUCGGAUGUCAUGACGUCGCCUCGAUCUCCAGGUCUCCAUGAUGCCAUGUCGCCGGGAAGGCUUGAUCUCACCGACGACCGGGCGUUGAUGAAUAGCCACGCUGCUCCAAAGUACGAUGAAGACGACGGCCCUUCGGCGGCUGACUACGAUCCAAUAAUCGAUAUGAAAGAGGACGAACAGCGUGAUGAGCUUCGCCAAGGUCAUGCAGUAAACGGUAUGCAUGCGCAGGCUGAUCAGUCGAACGGAGAGAAAGAGCCGAAAGGUGCGGGCGCGGGCGCGGGCGCAAAUGAAGAGGACGAUGAGUUUGACAUGUUUGCCGAGGAUUUUGACGAGGACAAGUAUGCGACGAAGCCAAGUAAAGGCGGCGACGAAGUAGUCGGUGACGCUGGCAAGGGAGGCAUUCUCGAAGGUGACGACAAGGAUGGUUACUACAAGAUGCGAGUCGGCGAGAUCAUCAACGGUCGCUACCAAAUCCAAUCGACACUUGGCCGAGGCAUGUUUUCCGGCGUAGUACGUGCUCUCGAUACAACGACAAAGAUGCCAGUCGCUAUCAAAAUCAUGCGAAACAACGAUGCGCUCCGUAAAGGCGGCUACACUGAGAUUGCCAUUCUUGAGAAGCUUAACGAUGCCGACCCGGAGAAUCGCAAGCACAUUGUCAAGUUUGAGGUGUCGUUUGAUUACCGCGGUCACCUGUGCAUGGUUUUUGAAAGCCUGAGCAUGAAUUUGCGUGAGGUGUUGCGAAAGUUUGGCAACAAUGUCGGCAUCAACCUUGGCGCGACGCGGACAUAUGCAUACCAAAUACUUGUCGCAUUAGCUCACAUGCGCAAAUGUAGCAUCAUUCAUGCUGACUUGAAACCCGACAACAUUCUGGUGAAUGAAAAUCGCAGCGUGCUAAAAAUCUGCGACUUGGGGACAGCCAUUGAUCGAUCAGAUGCGGCUACUGCCCACACCGAAAUCACUCCAUAUCUCGUCAGUCGAUUUUACCGUGCGCCGGAAAUCAUUUUGGGCAUGUCGUAUGAUUACGGCGUGGAUAUGUGGUCUAUCGGCUGUACCCUCUACGAGCUGUACACGGGCAAAAUUCUCUUUACCGGCGACAGCAAUAACCAGAUGCUCAAGGCCAUUAUGGAAAUUCGCGGGCGGCUCACACCCAAGCUGUACAAGCGUGGUCAGCUCUCGGCCAGCCAUUUCGACGACCUGGGCCAGUUUGUCAGCGUAGAGCACGACAAGAUUCUCAACAAGACUGCCGUCCGAACCCUGCCCGUGGUCAAGCCAGCGCGGGACCUCCGCACUCGCCUGAUGGCUGCAUCCACGGGGAUGAAUGAUGCGGAGAUGAAGGAUCUUAAUCACUUUGUCGACUUGCUGGAGCAGUGUCUGGCGUUGAACCCGGACAAGCGGAUCAAGCCCACCGAGGCAUUGAAGCAUCCCUUCUUCACGUCAAGAGCGUCGUCGACCAAGCGAUGA